UAAAUAAUAUCUGGGGACAUGCUUUAUGCCUUUGAAUACUAAUUAUUCCUUCUCCUCCUCCACUUCUUCAUUCAUUUUUUUGACUGUUACUUAUUCUUUCACUAUAACUACUACUAUUACUUUCACUAUUUCUUUAACUUCUUCCACCACUUUUUUUACUACUACUUCUUUCACUGCUCCUGCUACUUCCUUCUCCUCCUUCACUUUCUUUCUUUCUUUCCUUCCUCUUUCUUCUGCAAAGCUCCUGUUACUUUAACAGGACAGGUAAAAAAUCCAGGUUUUUUUUUUCCUGCUGUAGAAAACAAAUAACUGUUGCAUUUUAACUUUCUGUGGCUAUCACAUAACCCUGAGGAGUAGGAAGUGAAAUAUGUGCUUUUAAAUGUAACAGAAACUUCUCUACAUGUUUUCCGCUCACCCCCAAAAUGAAUCCAGGAAAAGAAUCAUCCUGUCCAGAUCUUUUCAAAUGUCAGUUUCAAGCAGUAAAGAAAAGAAAAGGGGGAAAAAGGCCCAGGCAGAGUUGUACCUUUCAACUUGUUCUUCCCUGCCUGGGAGCGCAUUACAAAUAAAUGACAAAGCGUUCUGGGAGGGAAGGCUCAAUCAGCCAUCCGAAGCAUGCCAGCAAGCCAGUUUAUACUUGCUACUGAAGCAUAAUGAAGUGAACUCGCUUGAAUACACAAGCAAGUCUGGAGCUGGAAGACCCAAAGGACAUUGUAGUGGAGAAGGGGGCGUGUGUGUAGAGAACUAUUCUAAAAUGGGUGCUGCAAAUGACAACGCAAAGGAAACAAAGUAAGGAAGCAGAACCUUGAGUGUGGCAGACCAGGAAUGGUUACCAGCAAAGAGUAACAGCGUGAUAUGACCACUUUGCUGCAGGUGCCCAUAUGUCCUCCAAAGUGGAAGAAAUGGCAAAGACUAAAGCGUGUGAUUCCUCUUUGCCUUCUGAACCAACUAAGAAGUGUUUUGAGACAAACCAAACUGAGAAGUUGGAUGACAGCUCAUGUACAUGGAAUGAACAGCUAGAAAAUGAGCUCUUAAGAGUUCUGGGCAAUCUGGAUGACCAGCUGGCACAGGAACAAUCCCAAGAUGUUGUGAACAGGAGAACUCCAACUCACUAUGGUUCUAGAGCAUCAGAAAUCGAUCAUCAUUCUACUGCUACUCGCCAUAGUUUCCAUGGAGGAGUACAAAGGAAUGAGCGGAGCAUGUUUUUGUCAGAUGGAACGAGAACAUUGAGAGCCAAAGAUGAACGCCAAACGUUCUUCAGACCAAGGGUGUUCUAUGAUACAUACAUGAAAAGACACUAUACAGAAGACCUCACAUAUGGAGAUGGAUACAACAGAAGGUCUCCUGCCCUUAAGAGAGGGCAUUCUACUUGUUCUCUUGGACACUCCUCGGAAGGUAGCUUGCAGCUUUCUUCUGGACAACAGAGCAGUGGAUUUGCACACAAAGACUUCAUGACCAGGGACACAGUUAGCAGAAGCUGUUCUUUGUCUUGUCUUGCAAGGGGCCAGUCCUUGACAUCUGUUGACCAGCUUUCCAAAGGUAGUCUGCAGCAUCCUUUAGGAAACAACAGAGGUUUCACACAAAAGAGCUAUCACCACCAAACCAAGCGGAUUCCUCUAUCAUCUAUUGCUUGGAAUACACCACAAACUUCAGAACAUCCAUUGUAUGGAAAUAGGCUUCUUAGGACACAGUCGUUAAUGGAGUUUGGUCCAGCAUUUGAGGACACAGCUCCCUGUAUUCCACAGGAGAACGCAGGGUAUGAUUUUUAUAGAUCAAAAAUUGAUUACAGAAGACCAGUGCCAAAUCCAUCUCAUUCCAUAUUUGCUGGCAAUACAGACUCCCUGUAUUUUGACAAACGGGAUAACUAUUUGUUGCAUCAGAUGGAAAGGAAUAAUUGGAAGCCCCGUUACAGAUACCCAUCAUUUCACAGUAGAAUGAAUCUGUCCUGCAAAAGUUUUCCUUCUGGAAGAAUAGAAGAGCAGCUGUUUAGGCCUGACAAUGCCCAGUAUUACAGUGAUGAAGUAUUUCUAGCUUCUGAGUCAAGCCAUGAAGGUUUUCCAACUAAUGUGGGUGACUGGCAAAAUCCCUGUGCAAAAAACCCUGGUUUGCGUUUACGGCAAUGGGAAAGUGAUGCUCAAAUCCAUGUAGGGAAUAUGGAUCAUCCAGAAGGUGUAACAGGCAACUUGUUUUCAAAACAUGCAGAUGGAAUACAGAGAUGUCCAACAUAUGGCUUAUCAGUUCCAAAGAGACAAACACAAUUUGCAGUGCAGAGACAAAAUCUGUUCACGCAGAAUGCUCAAAGCCCCUCACAGACUUUGGUUAAACAUUUUCAACCCAACAAGAACUUUAAAACACACACCCUAGAAGGGGUGAGGAGUCCUGGCCAGUCAGGUAAAGUGAAUAGUGGGCACACUCAAGAAGAAACAUUAAGACGAGUUUCUGGGCAAAUGGACACAAAUAGUCCAGCAGAAUCUCAGAUAUCUCCUCCUACACACUGUUCUGUAGGUGUACCACCUCUGCCAUUGAGAAGCCCUGCCAAAUUGACAUCCCUAAGAAAUAGAGAAAACAUUUAUUUAUCAAAUAUUCACAGCAAAAAGGAACAAAGAAAUCAGGAUAGUUGCACCGUAAACUGUGAUCUUGCUCAAAUGCCUCCCUCUCAAUUAACUGCUAAUGGCACAAGAUCAUUGAUUCAAAGCUUGCAACGAGUAGGACACCGGUCAGAAACCCCCAAAGAUAUUAUACACAGCAAGACAUCUAAGAAUAUUUGUUCAUCUGUUUCCAGGAAAGGCUCUGAAAUACUUGUAUAUAAUGAAUUACCAAGUACCACUAAAAAUUGGCCCAAGCAGAAUAGAUUUGUUAAACACGCAACCAGCAACAGUAUUACUGGUUCUCCCAGUAACAGUCCUCCCAGAUCUCCUGUAACAUACUACACAUUACCUAGAAAAUCAGCCAGUAUUGAUGGCAGUGUUGUAUCUGAUAAACUUGUUUCCCAUCCUUUCAGGCAGGUCCCAAACAGAAAUAAGAUAACUAUGAAGGAUAAUCUAGAAAUGCUUGAAUCAAAUGGAACUGAAAAUAUUUAUUCAAAUAAGAGAGAAAACAUCACUUUGCUAAGUCCAGUUGAUUCUUCCUUAAGUCCAUCUUCCAAAGAAGUUAUCUGCAAGGAAAUUCCACAAACUCAGGGCUACCAUUUGCAGUUAACUCAGGAUCCUAAGCACCCCUUAGGUGACCCUAGUGCCAUUCCCAGCAAAUCAGAAAAAGAGGAUCUGGUAUGUUGCACAGAUAAAACUGAAACAUCUGUGUUUUCUGAGUGUGAAGGAAAAGAUGCAGGCAAUCCUUUAAAACAAUACAAAACCACCAGCACACUUACAGUUAGAAUUGAGGAAGAUAAUGUAAAAUAUCAUGAGCUGAUUUCAGUUUAUUAUACCUUACCACGAAAACGUUCAAGAAUGCUGUGCAACCUCUUCCUGGAUGAUACAAAGAAUACAGAUUCUUCUUCACCCACAGGAAAAUCUCAUCCCACUGAAAAGAAAUAUGAAGUUCGUAUUAAUUUAGCAACAUUAGCGUUUCCAUCCAGCUUGCAAAAAGAAGAAAAAACAAAUUUGCCUACCAAAAUGAAUUCUUCUCCUAGCAUGCAACAGAAUUCAAACACAUCAUGUGAUGCUACUAAAGAAAGUACUCAUACUUUGAAUCCUGUUGGGGAGAAAGCAGGUGGUUCUCAAAGUAUGGCACAUGAUAAAGAAAAGACUGUAAGAUCUCCAACAGAAGCACCAAAACCUUUAUUGUCCAACAGGCUGGGAUCAGAUGGUCCCCUGGACAAACUAAAACAUUGUGAAUCAGAGGAUGACUCUCUCCACGCUGUUACUAAUACACUCCAUAACCUACGUAUUGAUAGUGGCCUUUCUCAACAGACAGAAGGGUCAGAAGCUCACACACUGUUAAACCUCCACUCAUCAAAACCCACAGAAGGCAAAAUCUCUUUAGAUAAUCAUCCUACAGCUUCUUCUGCUGUGUAUGUUCAGAAAGAUAAGCACAUGCGUUAUUUGAUAUCCACUGAACCACCAGCAAAUACCAAUCCACAUAUUCCACCUUCCCACUUGAGUAGUAAUGACCAAGAAGGAAAAUGCACUACACAUCAAGAUUUUACCACCACAGUGAACUCUACUGAAGAUAAAAUUACACAAGAUAUAGAGGUCAAAGAAAGGCCACACUCUUAUGUGUGUCGUAAGAGUUCAAAAAAAGGCAAUGAAUUGCAGAUAAGAAAUGAAAAUGUAAGAAACAGCACACAUAAUGCCUUAACUUCAGAAAUCAAAAUACAUUCAAAUUUCGAGAACCGAACUCUACAAAUGGAUGCAAUUUCUUCAGAAAAUUCAGUCCAGAAACCAAAUAGUAGUUUGGACUAUUCAAAUAUUGAAGAAGAGCCCAUAUCUCAGAAUUCUGUGCUUCACAAAGUUUGCACAAAUUCACAGAGACCUGUAAGAAAUUCUUCAGAUAAACAGAAUCUUAACUCUAAAGAUCAGCUUACAAAUACCACAAAGAAUCUGCCUGAUGAUUCAGCAGGUAAAAAUAAGCUUAACUCAGAUUGCACUAAAGACAAAGCUAGCGACAUAGAAAAAAGAAAAAACAGGUCAUCAAUUAAAAAUAAACUUGCAGCCAUGUACAAAACAAGUCGUAAGUUUUCUAGUAAGAAAACCAUGAGUCCCAAACCACACAUAAGUAACAUAUUUUCACAGAAUGAUGUCUCCCUUUUAGAGAUCAACAACCCAAGCAGCAUGUUAAUUUCAUCUAGUAUUCCACAGUUACCUCUGCAAACAGGGAAUGAGAACCAGAACCAGAUCCCUCUACCCGAUGAAUCUGAAGACACAAUGCAUGACAAAAGUGAAAAUAAGAAAUUGCAAACUAAUGAGGGAUUGCCAUCACUCUCCAGUGAAACUAGAAGGCCUUUUACAAAUUUGUGCAACCAGAAAUGGGAAAGUCCCAGUUCCAAACAAAGUGGUAAAAAAAUUGGGAUCACACAAAACUCUACAGCAUUAUUUUCAAAAGAAAUCAUUUCUAAGGUACAUAAUAACCCUCAGGUAUGUGAUGGAGGUUUUAAACAUAACAGUCAGCCUACCUUCUCAAGAGUUACAGUUACAGUUCCAGACCAGAAGAAAAAGGACAGUAAUGUUGCUGAGCCCUCAGCUUUCCCACUUUCAUCCAAUAAAAAAUCAAACAUUCUUAUUACAAAUUAUUCAAAGGCAAACAUUUGUCCACCACAAGAGGUGAUAUCCCCAACAGAAUCUAGUCACCAUCAAAAUAUCAAGCAGACAAGCAGAUUUAGAAAGCUCAACCAGUCCUCUGUGGAGACAGUCCUAAAUCCCAGUAAAGUACAACGCGAGCGACAUUUUUCUGAAAGUUCCUAUGUGCGGGAAUCUCAUGAUCACUUGGUGUCUGGAAGCAAUGUGAUGCGCCCUGGUAGUAGGUACAGUCGGAAGUUUAAAUCCUAUUCUGAACUGUUGUCUUGUGACGAAAACGAGAAUUGGGAUGCAUAUGAUGGCAGUAGUAGGGCCUUUGGUUCUAGGCGUGUGAUGUACCCAUCAAUCGAGUUUGGCAUUUUUGGGAAAGAACAACAGCAGGCUUUCUUAGAUAACAUAAAGAGGUCACUCACAGAAGGACGGUUGUGGAGGCCAUGUCUUCUGAACAAUCCCCGUUCUCUGAACAAGGAAGACGGCUUUCCCUUAAACAGCCCAGAGCAGUUGCACGCAGGUUUUGCCAAGACAAAUGUGUCAGCAGAAGGUGCAUCCAGGCCUUUUGAAAUCCAUAAAGAUCCUGCAGAUUAUUCAGAGUCAGACUCUGACACCACAACAGAUGAUGAAUACUACCUAGAUGAGAAUGAUAAAGAAUCAGAACUUUGAAGAGCUGUAAGACAACGAGAAAAAAAAUCUAAAUGUUGGUUUGUCAGUUCAUAAGUAGCUUAUAAAAUUCUAGAAACAAGAGCCUGAACUGAUUGCUGCAGGUGCUCUGAUUUAAUCUCUAGCCCUAACUACACACAUUGCUGUGACCACCCCACUACUUUUUGAUGAAGGAAGGGCAUUUUUCUGUCCCUUGAAGCCUUCAGGAGCCACACACAUCGCCAAAAAAAUAAGAGGAAAGCACGAACAACGCGAAUGACAUUUUUCUGAAAGUUCCUAUGUACGGGCUGGAAAUCGACUUUUGGUUUUGAAAAAUGAGUAUUGAAGAUGUUAAUAUGUGGGGCUGCAAUCUAUUUAAAAGAUGAACUGCUGCAGAGGAGAUGCAAAGGAGCACUUGGGGGAAUCAGGGACCAUGAAAACAUGCUGACCCAAAGGCUGCAGUUUGCCCCAUAUAUAAUCUUUAAAAGAACAAUUUUCAGAUCCUCAAGGCACUGGGGAAAAAUAAUGAAAAUAUAUAGUAAAGGGUCUUGUGGACAUCUUAAAAAGUAAUAAGCUUUAUUUAGAAUGAGCUUUUGUGGCCCAUAGUCCACUUCAUCAGAUAUGCAGAACAUUGAAGUGGGCUGCAGUCCUUCAAAGCUUAUGCCAAAUCAGUUUUUAAGGUGCUCCGAGUGUGUUGUUUUUGUGGAUACAGACAGCUAUCCCCAUCCCUGGGUACUUUUUCCUGCCAUGCAUAUCCAGUUAUGGGGGCUUGGUAGGGGAGAAUUUAUAUCACACUGGUACAGAAAAGGUAGGAGGAAGGGUGGCUAUAUAUAGCAUCUUUUGCAGUGUUCCCUUCUUCAAGAAUAAUAGUUUUAUAUUCCACAGAGUUUAUGUAAUUGUAUAAUCCUAUGUCCCUCCCCCAUCAGUGUUGUCUGUCCCCAUCUAACUUUUUCAGUAGAUAAUAACCUUUUGUAAUUUAAAAAAUGGGUCUGAGUAAAUAGGUUGAAUACAUGUGUAUAUUUACAUUGAAUAUGUUUGUAUAUUUAAUAUCAUGCAUUAAUACUAUACUUUAUUUAAUAAAUGAUCAAAUAAUUAAUAUAUUCACUUGAGGACUUAAUCAGUUCAGUUCUGCUGAUCCCAUCAAAAUAGACUGGGACUGUCCUAGAACAACAUCACCAUAUAUUUAACAAGGCAACCAAAUGAAACAAUUUCACAUGCUUCUGAUACUGAUGUGAAAUUCUGGCUUGAAAAUCAGUGAGACUUAAAAUAUGUUUCCCAUUAACUGACCAGGUCCUCUAUUAUAACUGUUUUAAGUUGACAAGUAUCAAUAAUUUUUAAAUGGUAUAUAAAGUUGCUAUAUUUUAAAUGCUUAAUACUUCGUUAAAGAAGUGUGCAAAUAAGUUCAGUAUGUUCAUUGAGACACUUUGCCUUUUGGUACUGCUUUUAGUUUUACAGGUAUUUGAAAUUACUAAUACUAUUUAUACUCUUGUCUGUGCAACUUGUAACUAUUCUGAUACAAGACAUUAAUACAAUAUAUUAAAUGUUAAUGUUAAAAAGUAUAUGUGAUCUGUUAAACUUUUUGGUUUAAAAAGUGUACUGAAACUUGUUUAUUUGAAACUUGUACAGGUGACAAGAAGUUCAUGUUCAAUCAUUCCUUAAAAACAUAAAUGUUUACAGUGAUGUGGGAUGGUUUUAUAACUGCAUUCUUGUUUUUGUGCUUUGGAUGUUCACUUUGCAAUUUUUCUUGCCUAUUUUGUAUCCCCCCCCCCUUGUUUAAGAUUAAUUCUGAAGCAAAUUCUGACUCAGGUUACAUAGAAGUCACCUUAUCACAGUAUGCUACUUGCACAAAGAAAAUCAUAACUGUCAUUUAAAUCAAGUGCAAAACUUCAUUGUUUAGUUGCUUUUAACACUGUUGUCAACAAAAUCUAAAGUUUGGACAGUGCCUGUAUUUAGACCAACCAGUAUGUCACAAAACUGUGCAAUCUUUUGAGUUCUCCAAAAUUCUUCACCAAAUUAUGUGGUACAAAAAGUAAGAAAUGGGAAAGGUUGUGGCCAUAUGGCCUACAAUUACAUUCAGUCCCCAAAUUGAGAUUGAAUCAAUGGCAACUAUUCAGAUACAUUCUGCAAAGUAAUACAUAGUGCAACAAAGAAAUGAUGUCUGUUAUCCAUUUUCAAAAACACGAAAUACCAGUUAUAACUCAGUGAUAUGUCCAUCGGGUGAAACACACUGAUACUUGAAUUGGCACAGAGUGGAAACACAGAAAUCUAUGAAGAUUUCUGUGCUGGUGAUGAAAUUUAGAUGGUGCAUUGGGUUAAAAAAUAAAUUGACAUUUUGUAUAUUAUCUAGUAGUGAGUAGAGUGAAUGGAACUAUGAAUUUGUAGAAUGUCAAUGUAGGUAAAUCUAAUAUUAGUUGCAUUUUACUUUCCCAGUAUUGUUUGCAGGUUUAAGCACUUUGUGAGUAUUUUACAUACCAUGAGUGAUGAAAAAUGAGAGGGGAUUCAUGGAACUAUGCCGACUGGCUUCUGUGGAUGGAAUGAGCUCCAAAACUGCAAAUCCCUGAUAGAAGCUAGUUACAGAGAACUUUGAAACCUCUCUUUACACUUCUUAAACAUGUGGAACUUCUAAACUUUAAAGGCAUGUAAACGCCAAUAUCAUACUCAUUACUGUAUCUUAUUCCUAUAAUUUCACAGACAUUCCAAAAUACAAGCUGCAUUUACCUACCUGAAAGGCUUGUCCUAUUAAGAUCAGCAUGUAUAUUCCUUUGCAUAGAUGCUGUCUGUUGAAACGAGUAGGGCACUCUGCUAUGCACAUGAAUUUGAUGUGUACAUUGAAAGACACAUGGGCUGCUGCUUGAAUGUACUUGGCUAUGAUUCCCAAACUAACCAAUGGAGAUGAUACUUCAGAGUAAGUGGCAAGUGAACCACAUUAAGUUCAAAGUAUGAGAGACUACCAAGCUAAUAUAUGCAUGGUAUAUAUAGCUCUUGGUUCAUCAGUGUGUGUGUUUCUCCAGGCUGCAUAAUGUGAAAGGCAGGAGGCAGAUUUGACUAAGCUGUAAAUAAUCCUGCAGGCCUUUCUGUUGGUGCAGGGAGUGUUUCUACCAUGAGUGCCAUGGCCUUAUUCUUUGUGGCUCCUAUGCUUCAUGUUGACCAUCCAUGUUUUGUUGAGGGGGAAGCUUUAACAUAAAAUAAGCUAUGGAUAUUGAUUACUGCUAUUUUUAAAUAAAUGGAAUAUGUUUGUAACUAAA